UGUUUCAGAGGGAAGACUAUGGGAGGAUCGAGUGCCAUAAACUAUAUGAUAUACAUGAGAGGCAACAGGAGAGAUUACGACAGCUGGGAGGAGUUGGGCAACCAUGGGUGGAGUUAUAGAGAGGUGCUGCCGUACUUCAAGAAAGCAGAAAACAAUCAAGACGUUGAAGCCCAUGAUACUCACUACCACGCAACUGGUGGUCCUAUAAACGUUGAGCGUUUCAAAUACUUAGAUAUCAACUCUUUGAUGUUAGUAGAAGCGUUCAAAGAAAAAGGCCUACCAAUCACUGAUUUCAAUGGCGAGAAUCAAUUAGGAACUGACAUAGCUCAAACAACAACAAAACUAGGUCAAAGAAACUCCGCUAAUAAAGCUUACAUAUCCCCAAUAAGACAUAAAAGACCAAACAUUCACAUAAUAACCAAUGCUUUCGCAACUAAAGUUCUCAUUGACCCCAUCACAAAGGAAACAUAUGGAGUAGAAUACGUAAAGAAUGGACAAAUAUUCGCAGCUCAUGCAGAUAAAGAAGUCAUUCUAAGCGGUGGCACAAUUAAUUCACCAAAACUGCUGAUGUUAUCUGGCAUUGGACCAAAAUAUCACUUAAAGAGCCUUAAUAUUCCCGUGCUAUCUGAAUUAAGUGUAGGCAGUAAUCUGCAGGAUCACAUUACGACCGAUGCUUUAACUAUGGCGCUUUCAAAUAAAACAUCAACAGCUGUGAGUGGAGAACAACUAAUGGAUGAAAUUCGCAAGUUCCAUGACCAACCUUUGCCUAAAAAUGGACCUUUAGCUUCCACUGGAACAUUGACUGGCACUGCUUUCAUGAGCACGUAUUAUCAUGAUGAUGUUCCAAAUAUGCAAUUUCAUUUCGAUGGAAGAAACGUUAAAGACUUUUAUGCUGACCCAACUACAUACCUAGCCACAAAUAUAUUUCCUUUAGCGUUUUACGAUGGCUUAUCGGCAAGACCUUUACUAUUGACACCUAAAAGCAGAGGAUUUAUUUUACUGAAUACCACAGAUCCAGUAUUUGGGCCACCAUUGAUUUACUCAAGGUUUUUCAGUGAAAGGGAAGAUAUGGAAGCGUUGAUUGAGGGCUUGAAAUUCGUUGUGAGUUUAGAAGAAACUGAAGCAUUUAGAGCGAGUGGGGCUAGAUACGUUAAAGUACCAGUUCAGGCUUGUUCAGAUUAUAUUUGGGGAACGGAUGAGUACUAUACGUGUAUUCUUAUUCAGUACACUGCAACUAUAUUCCAUCCUGUGGGAACUUGCAAGAUGGGUCCUAAGUGGGACAAAGAAGCUGUAGUAGACCCAAGAUUAAGAGUCUAUGGUAUUGAGAAACUUAGAGUAGUAGAUGCUUCCAUUAUGCCAUUGAUUGUUAGAGGUAAUACGAAUGCUCCAACGAUAAUGAUUGCGGAAAAAGCUUCAGACAUGAUAAAAGAGGAAUGGUUAUAAAUUAUAUUAGUGCCUAACUAGUUUAAUAGGAUAUUAUUAGUUUACUUAGGUACUGUUCUAGUGCUUCCAUGUAAAAGAAAAGGUUUACCAAUUUGCAAUAAGUGAGCAAGGAAAGAGCUUCCUUUAAUCCGAAAAAAAUAAUUUUGCUUUCGGUUUAAACUAUUAGGAGAGACAAAGGCAUUUUAGUGCGUUCUUAGAAUAAGAAAAUGAAGAAGAUUGUGUUGGAUCCACGGGUUUUUAAAUAUACUUACUAAAAAAUACGUCACAGCCUCGCUCAAAAAGAAAUGAAAAAAAUACUUACAAGGCCACUUCGGAUACCAGUGACCCCUAAAAUUUAUAAUUUGCAUUAUUUUCUAGCAUUUAAAAAUUUUUAACCAUCAUAAAGAUUUUUAUCUCAAAACAUUGCAAUUAAACGAAACUUAUUACAAUAAUUACGUUAAGUAGGUUUAAUGUAAAUAAUUGUAUAUAAGUGUUUUAUUUUAUAUC